AUGGGUAUCUACACUAAACUCCCGAAAGAGCUCGAUGAGGUGGACGUGAUCGUGGCAGGCGGUGGCCUUGCCGGCUGUGUUGUUGCUGGACGUCUGGCAGAAGCUGAUCCGGACCUCUCCAUCCUCGUCAUUGAACAAGGUCUGAACAGCUAUGGUGCACCUGAAGUCGUUCAUCCGGGCUUGUACCCACGCAACCUAUUCCCGAACAGCAAGUAUACGCUCUUCUGGCAAGGCAACGAGUCACCACAGCUUGCAGAUCGGAAGCCCAUUGUGCCAUCGGGUGGCACACUUGGAGGUGGUAGCGCCAUAAACUGGAUGGUUUACACGCGUGGCCAACGUUCAGACUACGAUUCAUGGAAUACUCCCGGAUGGGCAGCAGACGACAUGCUCCCUUUCAUGAAGAAGUUUGAGACGUAUCACGGAGUCGGCGACAAGGAGUGGCACGGCGACAAUGGGCCAGUCAAUAUCUCGAAAGGAACGCAUACUUGCAAGAAAGCCGAGCAGUCCUUCAUCGAUUCUGCUAAUGAGAUGGGCUACAACGAGCUCAAGGAUUUGCAGAACCUGGACGCCAACAAUGCUACUGAGCGCUGGCUCAAGUACAUCGGCCCUAACGGCCGACGCCAAGAUGCUGCGCACCGAUAUAUUCAUCCUAAGCUCCAGAGCGGUGAUUACCCAAAUCUCCACGUAGCUUGUGAGAAACAGGUCAUCAGAGUGCUCUUCGACGACGAUAAGAAGGCUGUUGGCGUGGAGUAUCAGACGAACCCGAAGUUUCUCCCCAACCCAGAAUUCAUGACCGCCAAGCAGACUCCACGAACAGUCAAGGCUCGCAAGAUGGUUGUGCUGUCUGCGGGUGCCAAUGCUACGCCACUCAUCUUGGAGCGAUCUGGCGUUGGCAAUAAAGAGAUCCUCGACCGAGCAGGUGUUCCACUUGUGGAGGAGCUACCUGGAGUGGGUCAUGACUAUCAGGACCAUCAUCUGACGCUGUAUGCGUACCGCACGAGUUUGAGCUCGAAAGACACGAUCAAUGCUCUGUCGGAUGGCAGGAUGGAUAUCGCAGAAGCCAUCAAGAAUACGGACGAGCGUCUUGGCACUAAUGCAAUGGAUGCUUCCGGCAAGUUCAGACCUACUGAGGAGGAAGUGGAUGCUCUCGGUCCUGAGUUCAGAAAAGCUUGGGAUCGUGAGUUCAAGGACCGACCAGACAGGCCACUCAUGAUCAUUGCUCUCUACCUUUGCUACUACGGAGACCACUCUAUGCUUCCCGAUGAUGCCGAGUAUGUCUCUAUGGCCAACUGGACGGCAUACCCCUUCUCCCGUGGCCACAUCCACAUCACGUCCAAGGAUGUAAACAGUCCUGUUGACUUCGAUGUCGGCUAUCUCAAGGACGAAGACGAUAACGACCUGAAGAAGCAUAUUUGGGCUUACAAGCUUCAACGUGAGAUGUGGCGCCGCAUGGACAUCUUCAGGGGUGAGUUGGCUUCCAGUCACCCACGUUUCCCCGAGGGAAGCAAAGCAGCUGUAGUCGAGAAGGCGGAUGGGCCUAUCAGCAAGGGCAAGGACAGGAUCGAGUACACCGCGGAAGACGACAAAGCGAUCGAGCAGAAGGUCCGCGAAAUUGUGUCGACGACCUGGCAUUCACUUGGUACGGCCAAGAUGGCUCCCCGUGAGAAGAAGGGCGUCGAUGAUGCUUCAUGUGGCGUUCAUGGUACAAAGAACUUGAAGCUCGCCGACUUGAGCAUACCUCCUGAGAAUGUGGGUGCGAACACGGGCGGUUGCGCGUUUGUUGUUGGCGAGAGGGCCGCAGAUAUUUUCAUCAAGGAGCUUGGCUUGGAAGGCAAUGCUGAGAAGAGGCGGGAUUCUGGGAACGCGAGACAGGACUCCGCUACCGGCGAGAGACCAAAUGUCGUUCCUGUCAACUAG